UUCAACCUGUGUAGCGGCUAUUACAAAUUAUUGCUUGAACUUCACGUGAUAGGUCAUAUGACAGGCUGUUCCAUCUAGCGGAGUCAUUUGCACGUAAAGGUACUGUAGAUUGAGGGGUGUUACUGGCUGAUUGUAUAAGUGGAGUAGGUACUAGGUAUAGUAUUAAGGGCUAUAACAGACAAAGUUUUGACGUGAAGAAAUUGAAACAACUUCCUUGUUAGCUUGAGGAGAUCAAUAUUAUAUUAUAAUAGUGGUGUAACUUCCUUAUUGAAAAUGAAGAUUUUUGUGCACCUUUUCAUAGCUGUUGCCUCUGUGAGUGGCUGGAGUUACAGAUUUCCAGAGCCCGGCCAAGGCCCACCCUGUGAACUUCUUGAUUUAACAGCUAAAAUUGAAGUCAGACAGUUUCAAGAUGAAAGGCAAAUAGACAAUAUAACUAUACCAUUUGAUAACCAGACAACAGUGUCACUUGGAGAAUGUGGCAAUGAAACCAGCACAUCACUUAACUUGGAUUUAAAUCUUAACGGGACGACAUUGAGUCUAAAUUUCGCGGAAGACGCUAAUAAAAGUGUUUUGUUAACUCCAGUAUUCAGAGCAGACAGACUUUUUGAUAAUGAUAACAGUUUACUAGCUCUGUAUAUCCAAGGCAUUGAUUUGAUGUCUUCUAACAAAGCCUAUAAAUGCAUUACCGAAAAAACGUACAAAUCUGCAGUAUCGAACAGCACCACAAGUGGUGGGGAAUUCCAGUAUGAGGCAAUACUGACUACCAGUGACCUACACGUUCAAGUUUUUAAUGUCAAGGAUGGGCAGUUUUCCACAGAGGAAAAUCGAUGUAAUGCUGAUAUAGUUGAUACAACUCCAGGUGGUUUACCAACAUCCAACAAACCAGCAACAUCUGCCGAAACAAUGCCGUCCGACAAACCAACUUCAUCUGACAAACCAGCAACAUCACCUGAGCAAAGUACGGCAACCUCAGCAGUAACACCACCAUCUACCACCAUCCCCAUGCCAUCUUUGGUCUUUACAUUAAAUGAUGCCACAACUAAAGAACCAUGUAUCAAGUUAGAACUUAGCGAUCGUAUUUUUGUGACUUACAACCAAUCUGAUGGUGUGGGAAAAGUAGUUGUGUUGAAAAUUGCAAAUGAUGCAGAUGUAGGUGGAAAUUGUUCAACAAAUGAUUCAACAGCCAUGCUAAGUCUGAAGUACCAUAAUAAUACAGAUGAAAUGAAUUUCGAAUUCCGUGAUGAAAAUGGACAAUCUUCUCUGGAUACCAUAGAGUAUAAGUAUUUGUUGGAUAAUCGUUUCCCUAAUGCUUCAAACCAGGGUGAUAUAGUUUCAUUGAAAGCUAACCUGACAGAGUUUACAUCAAAGGACGAUACAUACUUUGUGUGUGAUGCAGUGAAGAACGUAACAUUCCAAGACACCGAAACAUAUGUGGAAUUACAGAACUUCCGGGUUCAAGCUUUUAACCUGAACCAAACAUUCACUGGAGAAGGAAGACAUUGUUCUGACGAUAUGACCAGUACAGCGGUGCCGUCAACUAGCCCAACUACACCUAAUCCUGAUAAUACCCCAUCACAGAAUAACUACACUUUCACUGGUAACUGUAUCUUGAUUAGAACUGGUUUAAUUCUAACUUUACCAUAUGAGGCAAAUGAUCAGAACAGGACAAGAACUAUUAAUGUACCAGCUCAGAAUCAGGUGAAUGUAACUGGUGAUUGUAAUGUAACAAGUGAUGUCCAGGAAAUAAGUCUGAGUUUUUUUCAAAACUGGAUGAUCAAGUUUAUGUUCCAUGCUACUGAUAAAGUAACUGUAGAUGAUAAAAGGGCUUACUCGUUAGAAAAUAUCACUGUUCAUUAUGCAAUUUCUACUGAAAAAUUUCCAAACUGUGUUCAUCCAGGUAUGUAUUAUGUAUUUCUGCCUGUCCUACACAAAUACUUGUAA